AUGCAUCCCCAGUUAGAUAAGACCAGAUUUGAGCCCUGUGAAAAGCUCAUGGACGCCCUUGAAGAGUGCCACAACCAAGAGUUUCUCAAACAGAGUCUCGGGCUUUGCAACUUUGAAAAGGACGAAUUAGCAAAGUGCUUGCACUACACACGGGUGAAUGACUCCAAAGAGAGAAUCAAAAUAGCCCGGGAACGGAGCAAGCUUAAAGAGGAGACCCAGAAACAAAGACACGAAGAGUUGUAUGGUAAAGACGGCUAUUUGAAGAAGAUGAUUGAACAAGAAGCUGCAAAGAAGUUGGCUAAAGAGGGCAAGUAA